UUAGAUCUCAAAAUCUAAUUCAGAAUCCUUCCAAUGCCAUCAGAAACUGUCACGAAUAUUCACUGUCUCACUGUUUCGACGCUGGCAAUUAUUCCCGUUCCGUGGUUCCGCGUUCCACACGUGCGGUACCGUUUCGUCAUAGAUUCACACACACCGCGCGUCAGCUUCCCUCUCGCGAGAAUUGAGCUGUCCGCGGUGCGGGAUCUCGUAGAAAGAGCAAAGUAUCGUUAUCGCAGGCACACGAGCAUCCGCGACGAGCUACGACGGUGGCAGCUACGGCUGCGGCGGCUGGUACGGCGGUCAGAUGCUGUCGCGUGCAUGUGUGCAGCUACACUAGAGGGCCCACGUACGCCCGGUCGGCCGCCUACCGGCCACGGGGAACGCGGACGCGUACACGGACCGUGGAACGCAAAGUGGGGGAGUUGCACAAAGAAGAAAAGAGAUGGAGCAACGCUAACCUCGGCUCGAAAGGCUGAGUGUACGACGAAGAGGUUAGAUUGGAACGAAAAGCAGCGGACGGACGCCUGGACGCUUAUGCUGGUGGGGAAACAAGCAGCGUCGGUGGGGAAUGGUGCUCCAAUCGCAAAGAAACGCGGAUCACGCGCGGCUCCGCCCGGCAAGGAAAGGCGAGUUCUCUGGUCGCGAGCGCGAACGCGCCUUUUUACCUCGCGUGUACCGGCUACUACUUACUGCUGCAACGAAACCACGAUUAAAGAGAGAGAAGAACGACAUUAUCGCGUUAAUUCGGAGGAAGAGGAAAGGGACAUAUCGGCGAAGAGGAGAAAAAAAACAAACGAAGGGGUGGCUCGAUCCCGCGGGUUGGACAAUGAGUCCCACGGGCCCGUCCGCCGGGGGAGGCGGACAGAGGGUGGAAAAGAGGAGCAUAGGUACGGAGGAGGAAGAAGGAGGAGGCGUCAAAACUAAUGGGCUCGUUGCUGAUUCCGCUCGGCUGCCACCUUGAUUAAGCUGCUCGCGACGCUUCGAGAAAAUAUAAUGAACGUCUCUUCUCUCGUCUGCAAACGCCACACAUUUUGCUUUCUGUUUCCGCCCGCUACAACCCUCUCUCUGUAUCCACCUCCGCGGAUAGAUAAGUUCGAUUCAGAGGGAUUAAUUGAGAGAAGCGUAAAUACGUUUGAAAGAAGAUGUAAAUACG